AUGGCAGAAUCUGAAAUUGAUAAGAUGUUUGCCAAUUUCACCGAUCUAGUGCCAAAAAGCCCAGAGAAACUGGCAGAGGAAAAAAAGGAAAAUGGAAAUAAUUUGUACAAAUUCAAAAAUUAUAAAGGAGCACUGGCAAUGUAUGAAGAGGCUAUUAAAUUGUGCCCAGAAAAUGCUGCAUAUUACGGAAAUAGAUCAGCAUGCUACAUGAUGUUGGGCAUGUAUAAAAAAGCAUUGGAGGAUGCUCAAAAAGCUGUUGCGCUUGAUUCCACAUUUACAAAAGGGUAUAUCAGGAUGGCUAAAUGUUGUAUUGCUUUAGGUGAUUUAUCCGGUGGAGAGCAAGCUAUUAAACAAGCUUCUGAAUUGGGAGGAGCUGAUUGUGCCCUUAAUGAAAAGCGUGCACUUGAAUCGCUGAGAAGACUGCAUGAAGAUGCACAACGAGCUAUGGAAACUAGUGAUUUUAGACGUGUGGUCUUCUGUAUGGAUCGUUGUUUAGAAUAUAGUCCUGCUAGUUCACGAGCCAAACUUAUAAAAGCUGAAUGUCUGGCAAUGCUCGGAAGGUGUCAAGAAGCACAAGAAAUUGCUAACGACUCAUUGAGGUUUGACAGUUUUGAUAUAGAAGCCAUUUAUGUUCGAGGAUUGUGCCUUUACUUUGAGGAUAAAGAUGAUCAAGCGUUCAAACACUUCCAACAAGUAUUAAGACUAGCUCCAGAUCACAAAAAGGCAAUGGCAACAUACAAGAAAGCAAAACACUUAAAACAAAAAAAAGAAGAAGGUAAUGAAGCAUUUAAGAUGGGUCGGUGGCAACAGGCAUUAAAUUUAUACAAUGAAGCACUAACAAUUGACCAGAACAACAAAAAAGUUAAUGCCAAGUUAUAUUUCAACAAAGCAACAGUAUGUGCCAAACUCAAUCAAAUUAAAGAAGCUGCCGAAGCCUGCACCGCUGCCCUGGAAUUGGACGAAAACUAUGUUAAAGCUUUACUUCGCCGCGCCAAAUGUUACACUGAACUUGGGGAAUUCGAAGAAGCGGUAAAAGACUAUGAAAAGCUUUACAAAAUAGAUAAAAGUAAGGAAAACAAACAAUUGCUUCACGAAGCGAAAAUUGCCUUAAAGAAGUCUAAACGUAAAGAUUAUUAUAAAAUUCUUGGCAUUGAAAAGACUGCGUCGGAAGCGGAUAUUAAAAAAGCUUAUAGAAAGCGAGCUCUGGUGCAUCAUCCAGAUAGGCAUGCAAGUGCAUCGGACACUGAGCGACGUGAGCAAGAAAAACGAUUCAAAGAAGUAGGAGAGGCGUACGGAGUUCUAAGCGACCCCAAGAAACGCGCAAGAUAUGACCAUGGGCACGACCUUGACGAUGAUGGCUCUGGUGUAGGAGAUAUUGACCCAAAUGUGGUGUUCCAAUCAUUCUUCAGGGGAGGGCAACAUUACGAUUUUCAUAGUGGAGGUGGUUACCCUGGUGCGGGCUUCAGUUUUCAAUUUGGAUAA